AUGAUCAAAAUAAGUUCAUUAAGAAGAAAGGCAGACCCUCUAUUAAUUGUUAGUAAAAGAUUACCGUCUUACAUAAAAAAGGAGAAAAUAAAUUUAACCAGAAAUAGCAACGUUAAUAAAAAAAAUGUAAAAUAUUAUCAGGUACCUCAAUUUGUUCAAGAACUUAUAAAAUUUACACGAAAGAAUAAACUUUGGAAGGAACAAAAUAGUGAGAAUAUCAUGGACAUAAAAAAUAAUCAUAUUAAUAAUACUACUACAAAAAGUAAUAUUAAUAAUAAUAUUAAUAAUAAUAAUGAUCAUCCAUAUAAACACAAUAUUAUAAAUAAAAACAAAAUUCAUUACGUUAACAAUCUUCUUGAUGAAAUACCGAAACAUAAAAAUUUGUUAACAUCCUUUCUAAUAUGUGAAAUAUAUGGGUGCUUAUACAAAUUGAAUUAUUUAAAACUAGAUAUAAUAUUUCUUUUAUUUAGUAUUCUUAUAAACAAUACCAUAAAUUUUUUUAAUUUGAGUGGUUACGUAAAUUGUAAUUUUAAAGAGCUAAUCAAUAUUACCAAAUAUAUAUACCAUUUUCAAAAUGUAUGUAAUUCAAAUAUUCAAAAUAUUCUUCAUAAAAAACCUAACUUGACAAAGCUAAAAAUUGUUGAAAGGUAUCUUAAAGAAAAUAAUAAGGAAAUCAAAAGCAAACAUGGGUACUAUAAUUAUAUAUAUAAUUAUAUACAAAAAUAUGAUCAUGUUGAUAAUAUAGACAUUUUAAUUUAUUCCCUAAUUAAAUCUAAAAAAGAUGAAAAGGGUUAUAUAUAUGAAAAGAUAAAAAAGAACGAUAUUAUAUUAGAUGAUGAAAAUGAUAUUACUACUAAAAUAAGAAAUAUAUCAAACAUGUCAAACAUAUCAAACAUGUCAAAUAUUUCAAACAUGUCAAAUAUUUCAAACAUGUCAAAUAUUUCAAACAUGUCAAAUAUUUCAAACAUGUCAAAUACUUCAAACAUGUCAAAUAUUUCAAACAUGUCAAAUACUUCAAACAUGUCAAACAUAUCAAAUGUAUUUUUCCCUUCUAUUACAAAUACAUCCAAUUAUAAUAAUACAUUAGUAGAAAAUAAUAACGAAAUGGAUGGUCUAAUAGAUUAUAUAAAUUCUUUCUAUAAAUUAAAUGAUAUGUUCAAUUUUUUACUCAACAAAAUUUUGAACUAUUUCAAUGAGAACUCAAUAAAUUUUGAUUUUCAUAAUUUAAAAUUAUUAUUUUUUUUUAUUUCAAAAUUUGAAAAAUUUGACUCAAAUUUGUUAGAAAAUAUAUCCAAUAGAUUAAUAAACGAAAUCGAAAAAAUGAAAACGAAUCCAAAAUUAUUGGAUGAUGAAGAAAAUUCAACGAACGAUCCAAUAGAAAAAAAUAUAAUAAAUCAUUUAAAUCAUAAUAAAUUAAAAAGAAGAUUGAAUAGAUAUAGUAAAAAAAAUAGAUAUAUAAAUACUUUUAAUAAAAUUAAUUCUAAAGAAUUUCUUAUUCUACCUUAUACUAUUGGUGUUUCUAUGAACACAUAUUUUAAUAACUAUCUUAUAGAAUAUAUAAAUAUUUAUAUAUUAAGUCUUAUUAAUUCUAGAGUUAAUUGUGAUAUACAAACAUUUAUAUAUACCUUGAUAGGUUACAAACAUAUCAUGGUUAACUUUUUUAUUCUAUAUAACAUUUUUCGCUUUAAGGAAAAGUGUUUUCAAAAUGAAAAUUUAUUAAAAAAAUAUAAAUUUUUCUUAAACAAGUUAAUUUAUCAUGAUAUACAAAAUAUGAAUCAAAUGUCAUCCAAUAAAAUCAUAAAAAUAAAAAAUCAUAUGAUGGAUAAUAAUAUGAAAAGCCAAGAAGAAAAAAGAAAAAUAAAUCAUAAUAAAUAUAUAAACGUAUUAAAUUUGGAGCAACAAAAAAAACAUAUUAUUAAUCAUUUAAAUUUAGAUCAAAAUAUAUCUGUACAAUUAGCAAAAGAACAAAAAUUAGAUCAUAUAAAUAACACAACAUCAAAAGAUGAACUAAAAAUGAAGCAAGAAAAUAUUUUUGAUUUACUAAUAAAACAAUUUCACAUAAAUUUGGACAAAAUAAUGUUAAUAAAUUUUGACAAGAAUUCUUUAUAUCAACAAUAUACUAGUAAAGAUAUUUAUCAUUUUUUUAUGACUUAUAAAAAAUUAUUUCACAAGGUAUAUAAUUAUUCCAUAUUUUUAUUAGAUAAACAUAAUAUUAAUGAUAUGCUUACAAUAUAUCAACAUAUUAAAGCACAAUCAUUAAAUGACAUAAUAAUAAAUCAUGUCUUUAUAGAAACACUUUAUAAUAAAAUAAUUUUGAAUUCGGUUCCAAAAAAAAAUUAA